AUGGCAAAGUCAUUGCAGACCAAAGUUAAAAGUUCCUUCUCAGGCCAAGUGAUCGAAAUUGUACUUAUAGCAAUUCUAUCAGUUCUUUUAUUCAAUAGAAAAGCAUCCAUAACAAAGGAUGAGGCAGAAUUCACACGGAGUCUUAGAUCCUAUGCAGCUGGGAGAUUCUGCUUUUAUAGAAAUCUCCCACUACCAGCCUUGAUGUCUUAUGGGUUGUACAAGGUCUCUGCAUACCUGAAUACUCCUUUACUGUCCCUGGCAUUGGAAAGCCCUAGACUGACUAGUCUUUUUCUCUUUAUAAUGACCAUGACUCAGAUACAUUGGUUAGCUAGAGAAACUUACAGUAGAGUACCAUCAUGGAUAGUAGCAACUGUCCAUGUAAUUGGACUGCUUGUCAACACACAUAUCAUAUUCCUUACAAAUGAAAUGUUUUCAAUAUAUUUUCUUGUAAGUGGGAUUGUACAGCUAAAGAAGAAUCGCACUACCACUUCCGGAUUCCUGAUAGGCCUUUCAAUAGCAUCAAGCUGGGCUUCUCUGUCCAUCCUGCCUCCUCUUAUGAUAUUUUAUGGGCUCCAUCUGUUUUCAUUCGUAGUGAACCCUGCAAACAGAAUAAGAAAAGCUGUUCUGAAGCUUGCCAAGGGGAUUGCAGCCUUUAUACUUCUCCCAGCCUCUGUGUAUACUCUGUCGUUCCUUAUACAUUACUCGAUUCAGCAGCAGUAUACAGAUGAUGCAGAAAAGUUCUCCAUAGAAUUCCAGGCAACACUCAAGGGAAGUGUCCAGGAACCGGCCGAUAGAUAUCUUAUGGAUAGAAGUAUAGUUACGAUCUUUAACCAGAAACAUCUCACAUAUUUAAAUAUGAAAGGAGGGACACCCUCAUGCUCUGACCAAAGGACUGAAAGCUCCAUGUGGAUGAUGAUCAAGGUUCACCCAACCAAUUCCACUGGAAAUGUAGAGGAGGAAGGCAGAUACAUAAAUCAUGGGGAUCUCGUGAAGCUGGUAGAGCUUGGGAGCAGUAUGUGCUUGAGAGUUUCUAAUGAAGAUACAGAAGACAAGUUCAAGAAGGUUAUUGGAUUUACCCAACAGGAUAAUGAGGCUGACGAAGAAGAUAUAUGGCAGAUAAUUGGGGAUGGGCCAGUCGUUAGCAGAAGCUCAUUGAUAAGGUUCAGACACUAUAAAACUGCAAUGGACCUGUGUGUAAGGAACCUGAGGAAGUUGGAAGAAGAAGCCAAAAGAAAUGGUGUAGAAAAGGUUGUGGGAGGAUCUUUGUAUAGUGAUAACAAGUCAAGGCUAUUUUACAUUAGCGACAAUAGGAACCAUGAUUCUUUCAAGAAGAACUUUAAAGAUGGAAGGCCUAAAGAAACAAUCCUGAGCUUUCCUCAGAAAAGUUUUAUCCAGAAGAUGGUUGAGCAUCAUAAAAAGCUUAUGAAAAAUCCCAGGUGGCAGUGGAACCUGAUAAGAAGGUAUAGCGUGUUGGAUCUCAAGAACGGGGGGACCUACUUGAUGAAGCAUGAUGUGCUUUUCAACGCCCUUGCAACGAUAUCUUCUUUUUUGCUUCCUGUAGUACUUCUGUUGAACCAUAUUUGUUGGAAGAAAUAUGGAAAAGGACUUACAACUAGGAGAGAUGACUUUUUUGUAUGUAUAAUGUACUUCUUUGCGAUUCUUAUGGGAUUUAUGAUUGAUGUUGGCAAGGGACUUACAGAGACCCUGAAGGUCUGGAUGAUGUUGAGUCUAGCAUUCCUCCCUGGUAUUAAGCCUGCUCUCCUUCUCUUCUCCAUUUUCUUAUCUUCCUCCAUAAGUGUUCUGAGAUAG